ACUGUCUCUUGGGAGUUGUGUUCCCUUCGGACUCACCGGCUUCUUGUUUGUGUCUUGUUCCCGUUUCUGGGCUCGGAGCCUCUCCGCUAAUCUCUGGGCAUUUACGGACGUAGAGGCAGCGGCAGCGGAACAAAAUGGCUUUGAGACGGGACUGAAGAGACUCCCCAAACCCUGGCCGUUUCCCCGGAUCCAGAGGCCCAACGCCCUCCACCUGGGCGCCGCCAUCUUGCCAGGAAGGGAGGGGCGAGCCAAGACCACGUGGAGAAGGGCGGCCACAGUGAGGCGGGAGUGGGUGGACCCUGCAGGUCACGUGGUGCGGGGUGGGGCCUGGGCGAGUCACGGGGGGAAGAUGCGCGCUCAGUGCGGCUGCGCCGGCCGGUAGCUGCAGCUGGAGCGGUGGCGUUUGGAGGAGACUCGGAUAUACCUUCUCAGAAGCUGUACAGAAGGAAAAGCAGUGACAAAGAAAGAAGUUGUCAUUCUUUGCACGGAUUUCUCAGUGGCUUAGCAGUGAUUGAGGUAAUGAAGACACUGCCACAGAAACUGGAUGGCUUCUACAGGGAGCCAGGCCUCUGAUAUAGACGAGAUUUUUGGAUUCUUCAGUGAUGGCGCACCCCCCACCAAAAAGCCCAGGAAGCUGCUUCCAAGCUUAAAAACUAAGAAGCCUCGAGAACUUGUGCUAGUGAUUGGAACAGGCAUUAGUGCUGCAGUUGCGCCUCAGGUUCCAGCCCUCAAAUCCUGGAAGGGGUUAAUUCAGGCCUUACUGGAUGCUGCCAUUGAUUUUGAUCUUUUAGAAGAUGAAGAGAGCAAAAAGUUUCAGAAAUGUCUCCAUGAAGACAAGAACCUUGUCCAUGUUGCCCAUGACCUUAUCCAGAAGCUCUCUCCGCGUACCAGUAAUGUUCGAUCCACAUUUUUCAAGGACUGUUUAUAUGAAGUGUUUGAUGACUUGGAGUCAAAGAUGGAAGAUUCUGGAAAACAGUUACUUCAGUCAGUUCUCCACCUGAUGGAAAAUGGAGCCCUCGUAUUAACUACAAAUUUUGAUAAUCUCCUGGAACUGUAUGCAGCAGAUCAGGGGAAACAGCUUGAAUCCCUUGAUCUUACUGAUGAGAAAAAGGUCCUAGAGUGGGCUCAGGAGAAGCGGAAGCUGAGCGUGUUGCAUAUUCAUGGAGUCUACACCAACCCUAGUGGCAUUGUCCUUCAUCCAGCUGGAUAUCAGAAUGUGCUCAGGAACACUGAAGUCAUGAGAGAGAUUCAGAAACUUUACGAAAACAAGUCAUUUCUCUUCCUGGGCUGUGGCUGGACUGUGGAUGACACCACUUUCCAGGCCCUUUUCCUGGAGGCUGUCAAGCAUAAAUCUGACCUAGAACAUUUCAUGCUGGUUCGGAGAGGAGACGUAGAUGAGUUCAAAAAGCUUCGAGAAAACAUGCUGGACAAGGGGAUUAAAGUCAUCUCCUAUGGAAAUGACUAUGCCGAUCUUCCAGAGUAUUUCAAGCGACUGACAUGUGAGAUCUCCACAAGGGGCAGAUCAGCAGGGAUGGUGAGAGAAGGUCAGCUAAAUGGCUCAUCUGCAGCACACAGUGAAAUAAGAGGCUGUAGUACAUGAGCGAGCUAGAGAAAUCACCACCGUUAGACCAAGCUGUAAGGCCCUACCAUGGACAGUGUUUAACAAAUAAACUUACAAGAACCCAACACAACUCCCAGAAAGUAACAAUAGCCAGAGGUUGAAGGGCGGGGUAGAAGAGGGGGGAAUGUUCCAGCGUAAUCCUUCAUACCACCUGGUUCUUGAUAUUCUGCUGCCUGUUCAAGAAUAAAAGUGACAGCAGGACCCAAAUGCAGCUCCCGACCCACUCCCCAGGCUGGACAUGCUUGUGUCCGCACAGCACACCAAUGUGAUACCUCCACUGACUGGCUGCAGCUCUGCAUGAAGGACUCGGGGUCUAGAUGCCAUGGAAUCACCGUGGCUGUUGUUGCAGUUUUGUAUUCUAUACUUGGUUUUUCAAUUAAGCUUAAUGGCUUUUUUAAAACAUGACUUGAAGCUCUAGUUUUCUAGAUCUUUUACAGUGUACAGUAUUUUACAUAACUGAGCUGUAUUAAAAGCUUGUUCAUUUACUUGCCAGGACCCUGGCUCUACUUUUAGAGUCAUUGUAGAAAACUCUAACUUGCAUCAAGGUACUAACUAAUAAGCUUAUAUUUUAAUAACCCAAAUUUUAAAGGUUCUGAUCUUUCACCUUGGGGUGAUCUCAUUCUUAGGACAACCGUUUACUUACCUGAUUCCUUGGAGUAAACGUCUGCUCUGUUGUCCUGACCAUAUAUAAGCCCUAGAACUAUAGUGUGUUGCAGAAUUUUAGUUUUGAAUCCUGUAUAAAAGAACUCCAAGACCUA